AUGGACAACAUCUCGGAGAUUCUACAGACCAUUCAUAUUGGUGCAGUCGUUGCAACUUUUCUUUUCAACAAUGGACGUAUUAUAAAAGCAGUGGACAUCUUUAACGAAUGUUUGGUGCUCCUUAACGAUAAAGCCCUAGAGACAAGCAAAGAACUUACCACAAAACUUGUUGUCUAUGUAUACCGUAAACUUUUUCUUGGCUACACUCUUAUCUACGAUCACACCCGUGCGGUAGAAUGUGGUAAAAAGCUUCACGUGACACUACACAAUACUGGCCAAAAAGAAGAAGAAGGGAUGAUAUUACUUGGAAUAGCGAACAUCUACUAUCAAAUAAGCAAAUACAAGGAAGCAAAACAGUUUUACGAGAAGGCACUCGACAUCAUGAUUCAGGCUGGAAACAAUCGCGGAGUUGGAAUAUGUUACGGAAAUCUAGGAACUGUGUUUAGGUAUGUUGGUCAAUAUACCAAGGCUGAAGAAUACCUUCAAAAAGCACUAGUGAUCAGGAAAGAAAUCGGUGACAAAGAAGGAGAAGCUGCAGAUUAUGGAAAUCUAGGAACUGUGUUUCUUUCUGUUGGUCAAUAUACCAAGGCUGAACAAUACCUUCAAAAAGCAAUAGGGAUCACGAUAGAAAUCGGUGACAAAAAAGGAGAAGCAUCAGCUUACGCAAAUCUAGGAACUGUGUUUAGGUCUGUUGGUCAAUAUACCAAGGCUGAAGGAUACAUUAAAAAAGCACUAGUGAUAAGGAAAGAAAUCGGUGACAAAGAAGGAGAAGCUGCAGAUUACGGAAAUCUAGGAACUGUGUUCAAAUCUGUUGGUCAAUAUACCAAAGCUGAAGAAUACCUUCAAAAAGCACUAGUGAUCAAUAAAGUAUGCAAAGUCACGCAACAGAAACAAAUCAAAUACUAUGAUUUUAUUCCUUUUUUCGAUUUUCAAUAUGAAAAAAUCAUUUUCAAUUGUCAGCCCUCCCACUUUUCACCUUGCUCCGCGGUCCCUGGUAAUCGUGCUAAUUUGAACGCUAUUAAUCAGUUUCUGAGCUUAAUUAUAAACAUCUAAAAAAAUAAAAAGUUAUUUUCUGUCUACGAUGAUAAUAUUUUCCCUUUUUUUCGUGAAUUUAACGCGUUUCCCACAGCACAAGGGUAACCCUCUCUCCUUGUAAACACUCUGGCCCUUAUUUGUGUAGCUUUUCUUUACCAUGGUGACAUGCGAGUCUUUAAUUUUCCCUGUUAACAGUGUCAACGAAGUAGCUCGACAUCUAAAUUUAACAAGGGACUCCUUGAAUUUACUGGUCUUUCAGAGCAAAACAGCCUGUGGCGGUUUGCUAGCACGUCAGGCGCGACAAACUUCACUCGCAAGAGGUAACUAGUCUGCCUUGUCUUUGGCAUGACUAGUUCAGAAAAGGGACGAUAUAUUUUUCUGACUAACAAGCAAAAACUACAUAAUUGCUUGAAGAAGAAGUUAUCCUUCUUAGUUUCGUUAUAGGUUACUUAACUUUUGUAUGUAUAAAAAAUAUAUUAUGAGAUGAUGGGAACACAAUUUGUAGAGAUUAUUUGUUAUUUCCUGAAUCAGUAACCUGAAAAUUAUAAACAAGUAUAAUUGCUGACAAAAUCAGAAACAUUUGUAAAGAGUUGGCAGAUUCGUCUAUUCUGAAAAGUAAAGAGACUGUAGAACGCGGCAAUAUUUCCGAAGAGAGUUAUUGCGCAGAAUUCAAGUGUUUCCGUGGCAUAUACUUGAGUAUACCUAAAUACAAAGCGUAAAACUCGAGGAUGGAUUCGAGCUAGGAUUCGAACCAGGACUUCGAACGAGGGCUUCUUUUGCUUAUUACUAGAGGUUACAAAGACCGCGCAGAAUUCCACCAAUGAGAGUGAUUCAGUUUACGCUUCACCUACAAUGUUACAGACCUAUGCUUCCAGCUCGACUGUAAGUAAAUGUCCCGAGAACAAUAGCCAUUCUGUGCGAUGUCUUUUAAAGUCAUGAAGUGCUGCGAGUAGAUACUGAGCGGUACUUAAUCAUAACGUAUAUGAAUUUGUUAUAAAUUCACUUACCAACAUUUAUAUUUCAAGCAGUAAAUCUAUCGACUUUUUUGCGGUUUGGCUGAAUAACUCUCAAUCUGAAUAAUCACAAUUUUAUAUCUUAUAGCAGCGUAAUAAGCGCUGCCUUUGCCUUUAAUCAAAUUGCAUCCAUUCAUUUCAUUUCAUUUCAUUCAUUUAUUGCUUUAUUCAGAUAUUUACAAUUCUGUUUUCUAACUGCCCACAAAUAGCAAAGGCUAGUCUAGGUGGGCAGUGUGUAUUUAAAUCAAAAUACGCACUCAUGGUAUUAUUUUAAAUUAAAGGUCAACUGGGAUUUGAAUUUGACUUUCGAAUCAUUAUCAAAAUUUCACUCAAAAUUUCACUACUAGUGUGGAGCUCAAUAAAACACGCCUGCACAGUACCUUUAAGUUUAAUCACAUCUGCCCUUUUAUGAACAGCUUUGCUGUCCUGAUCAGACAAUAAAUCGGUGUUGAAGACCUCAGUGGAACCUUAAUAAAGCGAACGCGUUUUACUAGUCCCUUAGGCCUUCGUUGUAUCGAUGUUCCGCUGUAAUCUCAAUUGGAUGCCAAGGUAUUGUUUGGUCGCUAAGAACUUCUGGCUUGUUUUGUCACUUCACCGCUGCAUACGAACUCUGCAGCCAAGGAAAGACGUUUUUCGAAUUCACUUUCUUUACUUUCCUGACAGAUUUCUUUGCCCUCAUGUUGAACUUCAAAGAGUUUAAAUAUGGAGAAGAUCCUCGCUGUUAAAGACGCAACUUUAUGCACGUACGGAAAGAAAGCCUGACAAAAACGAAAAAUUCAGGCUUACCAGGAUUUGAAGCCUGACAUCUGCGAUACCGGAGAUAAAGAUCGAGAAAAAGGUCAAUACUAAAAUUAAGGAGCUGACACAAAUUAUAAAGCACUAUAUAAGAUCGAUGUAAUGGCAAAGAUUACAAACAAAAGUUAGACUGGAUAUUUAAGUAAAGAUAUCAAACAGAGUGGGGAAUAAUUCAGGAUUAAGUGAGUACCUGGGUUCGCGAUUUUCAAAGCAUGUUACUGAAAUAGUUUUAUUUUACAUAAUUUUUAACAGUAUGGUGUAUGAAGGUAAACAGUACGUUACAAAUAAGUCUGUAAAACUAUUUGUUUUUAUAGAUAUUCUACAUUUGCAGAUUCAACAAGUAUAAAAUACUAGGCCAAAGAAAUCCUACACUUAUAAUCGUCACCUGCCUUAGUAAAUCCUGCAUGGAAGCUUGAUUAUUUUGCCCAAGAAAGUUAGCUGUUCUGUCAAAAGACGUUAAGAAUCUUGUUUCCACUUUCUUACUCUUAAAAUAUUUUUUUUCUCAAGGUUCAGAAAAAAGCGUCAUGGACAACAUCUCGGAGAUUCUACAGACCAUUCAUAUUGGUGCAGUCGUUGCAACUUUUCUUUUCAAAAGUGGACGUAUUAUACAAGCAGUGGACAUCUUUAACGAAUGUUUGGUGCUCCUUAACGGUAAAGCCCUAGAGACAAUCAAAGAACUUACCACACCACUUGUUAUCUAUGUAUACCAUAAACUUUUUGAUGGCUAUACUCUUAUCAAAGAUCACACCCGUGCGGUAGAAUGUGGUAAAAAGCUUCAUGUGACACUACACAAUAUCGGCCGAAAAGAAGAAGAAGGGAUGAUAAUACUUGGAAUAGCGAACAUCUACUAUCAAAUAAGCAAAUACAAGGAAGCAAUACAGUUUUACGAGAAGGCACUCGGCAUCAUGAUUCAGGCUGGAAACAAUCGCGGAGUUGGAAUAUGUUACGGAAAUCUAGGAACUGUGUUUCAAUCUGUUGGUCAAUAUACCAAGGCUGAAGAAUACCUUCAAAAAGCACUAGUGAUCAGGAAAGAAAUCGGUGACAAAGAAGGAGAAGCUACAGAUUACGGAAAUCUAGGAACAGUGUUUUUUUCUGUUGGUCAAUAUACCAAGGCUGAAGGAUACAUUCAAAAAGCACUAGUGAUAAGGAAAGAAAUCGGUGACAAAGAAGGAGAAGCUGCAGAUUACGGAAAUCUAGGAACUGUGUUCAAAUCUGUUGGUCAAUAUACCAAAGCUGAAGAAUACCUUCAAAAAGCACUAGUGAUCAGGAAAGAAAUCGGUGACAGAAAAGGAGAAGCUGCAGAUUACGGAAAUCUAGGAACUGUCUUUGGAUCUGUUGGUCAAUAUACCAAGGCUGAAGAAUACCAACAAAAAGCACUAGUGAUCAGGAAAGAAAUCGGUGACAAAGAAGGAGAAGCUACAGCUUACGGAAAUCUAGGAACAGUGUUUCUUUCUGUUGGUCAAUAUACCAAGGCUGAAGAAUACCUUCAAAAAGCACUAGUGAUCAGGAAAGAAAUCGGUGACAGAAAAGGAGAAGCUGCAAAUUACGGAAAUCUAGGAGCUGUGUUUCAAUCUGUUGGUCAAUAUACCAAGGCUGAAGAAUACCUUCAAAAAGCACUAGUGAUCAGGAAAGAAAUCGGUGACAGAAAAGGAGAAACUACAGAUUACGGAAAUCUAGGAACAGUGUUUCUGUCUGUUGGUCAAUAUACCAAGGCUGAAGAAUACCUUCAAAAAGCACUAGUGAUCAGGAAAGAAAUCGGUGACAGAAAAGGAGAAGCUGCAGAUUACGGAAAUCUAGGAACUGUCUUUGGAUCUUUUGGUCAAUAUACCAAGGCUGAAGAAUACCAACAAAAAGCACUAGUGAUCAGGAAAGAAAUCGGUGACAAAGGAGGAGAAGCUACAGCUUACGGAAAUCUAGGAACAGUGUUUCUUUCUGUUGGUCAAUAUACCAAGGCUGAAGAAUACCUUCAAAAAGCACUGGUGAUCAGGAAAGAAAUCGGUGACAGAAAAGGAGAAGCUGCAGAUUACGGAAAUCUAGGAGCUGUGUUUCAAUCUGUUGGUCAAUAUACCAAGGCUGAAGAAUACCUUCAUAAAGCACUAGUGAUCAGGAAAGAAAUCGGUGACAGAAAACAAGAAGCUACAGCUUACGGAAGUCUAGGAACAGUGUUUCUUUCUGUUGGUCAAUAUACCAAGGCUGAAGAAUACCAUCAAAAAGCACUAGUGAUCAGGAAAGAAAUCGGUGACAGAAAAGGAGAAGCUACAGAUUACGGAAAUCUAGGAACUGUCUUUAAAUCUGUUGGUCAAUAUACCAAGGCUGAAGAAUACCUUCAAAAAGCACUAGUGAUCAAGAAAGAAAUCGGUGACAGAACAGGAGAAGCUACAGAUUACGGAAAUCUAGGAACUGUGUUUCGUGCUGUUGGUCAAUAUACCAAGGCUGAAGAAUACCUUCAUAAAGCACUAGUGAUCAGCAAAGAAAUUGGUGAAAAAGAAGGAGAAGCUACAGAUUACGGAAAUCUAGGAACGGUGUUUUUAUCUGUUGGUCAAUAUACCAAGGCUGAAGAAUACCUUCAAAAAGCACUAGUGAUAAGGAAAGAAAUCGGUGACAAAGAAGGAGAAGCUGCAGAUUACGGAAAUCUAGGAACUGUGUUUUUAUCUGUUGGUCAAUAUACCAAGGCUGAAGAAUACCUUCAAAAAGCACUAGUGAUCAGGAAAGAAAUCGGUGACAGAAAAGGAGAAGCUGCAGAUUACGGAAAUCUAGGAACUGUGUUUCAAUCUGUUGGUCAAUAUACCAAGGCUGAAGAAUACCUUCAAAAGGCACUAGUGAUCUGUAAAGAAAUCGGUGACAAAGCUGGUGUUGGAGCUUUAAACUUAAAGCUGGGAAAACUUUGUCGAGAACUUCAGCUUAAUGCGAAGAGUCAAGAAUUUGCUAAUAACGCACUGGAGAUAAGUUACGAAAUAGGGGACAUUGAAAUGCAGUUUAACAGCCACCUUACCAUUGCUUUAAACGCGUUAGUGGCAGGAGGAAUCACAACUGAACUUCUGCGAAAUCUUUAUGAGAGCAUUCAGAAGUGCGAAGAAAUGCAUGAUUUUUUAAGAGUGAAAGAUCAAUUCAAAAUUUCUUUUUUUGAUCAGCAUGUGUCCCCUUACCUUCUUCUUUGUAGGUUGUUGAUUGCUACAGGCAGUUAUUAUGAAGCUCUGUACGUUGCCGAGCUUGGAAGGUCCAGAGCACUGACAGACGUAUUGUCAGAAAAGUACUCUGUGGAUAAAGGGGUAUCAGUCAACCCACAGUCAUGGAUUGGUAUUGAGAACAUCAUGAACAAAAAUGCACUUAGUUCUUGUCUUUUUGUUUCCUGCUUCGAUGAUAAUAUGUGUUUUUGGAUCCUCAAGCCAAACAAAAUAAUAGAUUUUCGACAAAAGACACUUCAAGAAAGUGCAGAUAAAGUGUUUGGAAAUCAGACAUUUGGUGGCUCUCUUGAUUUACGUCAAGACCAAUACGAAGAUCGAUCAUUGUUUUCAUGUGUAAGUUCCCCGCUACCUUGCAAACCAUUUCAGAGUGACAGCUUCGAAUCUUUGCGUCUUAUAGAAGAAGAGGAAGACAAAAAUCACGACUCUCAACCUUUAACCCUUGCUGAUGGUUACAACAUGAUAGUCACUCCUGUAGCUGACUUACUCCAAGAAUCAGAAAUCAUUAUUGUACCGGAUAACUUGUUGUAUCCAAUUCCUUUUGCUGCUUUAAUGGAUGAUAAUGGAAAGUAUUUAUCGGAUACUUUCAGGAUUCGUAUUGUCCCUUCCUUGACCACUCUUAAGUUGAUUCAGCUCAGUCCAGUAGAGUACCAUAGUAAAACCGGUGCACUGAUCGUAGGAGAGUCAGAGGUUAGUGACGUAUACUACCAAGGAAAACUUCUACAGUUAAACUCAUUGCCUUGGGCCAGAAAGGAAGCAGAGAUGAUUGGGCAACUGCUCGGUGUUCAACCGUUGCUUGGAACGGAUGCAACUAAGCAAGCAGUCCUGAAGAGCAUGCAUUCAGUAAGUCUCAUUCACUUCGCUGCUCAUGGUUAUGCUGAACGUGGAGAAAUAGCUCUUUCCCCUAUAAGCUCCUGCGGAACUCCAAACGAAGAAGACUACUUAUUGACGAUGGCUGAAAUUUCACAAGUUCGACUAACAGCCAAACUGGUUGUCCUUAGCUGCUGUCAUAGUGCAAGUGGUCAGAUAAGGGCUGAGGGAGUUGUUGGAAUCGCUCGAGCAUUUCUAGCAUCGGGUGCACGCGCCGUGUUGGCGGCACUGUGGGCUGUAGAGGACGAAGCUACCAUGUGGUUUAUGAAUCGUUUUUACGAGCACCUUGUUCAUGGUGAAAGUGCAAGUGAAUCUCUUCACCAGGCCAUGAAGUCGAUGAGAGAGAAUCACUUUUCUGACGUCAUGCAGUGGGCACCCUUUAUGCUGAUUGGAGAUGAUGUAGCGUUCAAAGGUUUGUAUUUGAUGUCAAUUUUAGGUUUUUCUAGCCAUUUUUAUUCAAAAUAUGUGAAAUGAAUGUUCGUGACAACGCAAUAUUUUGAAAAUAUUGUUAAAGGAGUUAUACUGAGUUUUGUUAGUUUCUUUCUUUAUUGUCCUUUCGAACCCUGUUCAUGGAAGUGAGGCAACUGGAGAGAAGGUCGAAUUUUAUUUUUCGAUUUUCAUGGAAUAUUUAGUAAAGCAUGCUCCGAUAACCAACUAAAAUGCAAAAGUAAAAAACGAUAGUUGAGAUUCAAAAAAAAACAUACGAAAACAAUUUGAGUCAUAGAGAAGAGAAAUAGGUGUCAACACACUUUUUCUUGGGGGUGUACCUGAUGAAAGACAAAAACGUAGCUUUUUCCAGGCCAGCCAGUUCCAAAUUGAGAAAGCGCGAUAAGGAAAAUAAACGCCACCGCCCUCCUUUUCUCAGGCUAAGUCACGCCCUCAUAUUUUUGCACGCAUAUCACCGCGUCAUCCCUACUAUCUGGGAGCCUGGAACAGGCUAUAAAAACGCUGCAAGUAUUUUUUAGUCUUAAAACAGAUUCAUCCUCAGGGAACCAGAGACAGCUUAGAGGGUAUAAGAACUAAUUACCGAUGGGCCAGAGUUUAAAAGCAGACGGGAAGAUUCCUUGGGCACUUAAUCUAGCCCAAGCAGCUGCAGGAGCAUUCAAUUUUCCAACUUCUCUUUUAUGCAGAUAUUUUUCUGGCAAAUGAGCUAAAGGCAACUCCCUUGUCGUUUUCGUGUGUUCAUAAAAGGAGGGUUUUUGUCAUCAAUAGUCUCGUUUAUGAUGCUUGUUUCGCGGAGAAGUCGCAAGAUUUAAUAUUCCCCCAAGAAAGUAUUUCAUUCGAUUCAAUUGGGUUUUACAAUACGUUUCGCUUUACUUCCCUUCGUGGUCGCGAUUUUGUACCAAAGGAGAUGGCUGAUAUUUUGAGCAACCAUUGGCCGGGCUGCUCGGGCUGCAAGGUAAAGCAUGGUUGGCUUGAUAUCAAUCUCCUACUUCAAGAUAUAAUCUAAUCAGUAUACAAACAGCAAACCAAGAAAAUUAAAAUAAAGUAAAAUUUCCUCACUGCAUACACAAUUGGCCCGUGACGCGGGAAUUAAGUAACUUCCGUCGUGUUGGGCCUUUGCGCUGAUGUCAGGGUGUAUUGCGGCCCUUGGUUAAAAUUGCUUUUUUUGCCCGCUUCUUGGCUAGUUCAACGGGGUUCAGUGGAAGUGACUUAGAAUUUUCCCCCCUCCCACCUCUCCUGGUGAUGGUUGACAUCGCAUACCUGGUUAUUCGGCAUGCCUAUUGUCCUGGCAGUCGCGGUUUGCCUCUCAUAACUUAGUUCCCCGUGUCGCCGGGAACAAUAGGUGUGCAGUGCGAAUAUUAUAAGAAUCGCAUUUAAGCUGAAAGUGAUACAAUACGACUUUAAUGAAUUUUUGCCCUAUAAAUAAUAUCCUCAAAGUGUAAAGGAUUUGCUAUUUGUUUUAGUUUGAAAAAAUCUGUGUUAGAGAUAUUUAGGUGAAACAAUUAGCAAAACGAGCAACAGAAGCAUGUUGAUCGAUGGCUAAAAUAAACGUGGAAAUAAUACAUACGAAAGGGAACCGUGAUGAUUAGUUUUUCUAUUUGCAGGUGCAUUUGAUAAGAGCAGUUCAAAAGAUGGCGAGGGUGCAACGCAAACAAAAAACUUGUAA